CAACGCCGACUGCUUGGAGAUUUCAUAGUUUCUCAACAUAAAAGAUUCGGUUAAACAAACUGGGUAUUGAGAUGGAGUAAAGCAACAGUUUUACAACUGGAGUCAUGAAUUCUAUUUUGGGUGGGUCGCCUGCACCUGUCACCUAUGAACGAAAUAUUCCAGGGAGCGCACGAAGACCAUCUAGUGGUAGACCGCUUAGUGCCAAACCCAACACCACCCGCAACCCAAUCACGGGAGAAGUACACGACAAUAGGCCACCAUCAAGACAAGUUUCCAGACCAGAAAGUCGUCCACAAGGCGUUCCAGCAUUGAAUUUGAAUUGCUUCACAAGAGAUGCAGAGGUGACUCGUCCAAUCCGUGUGGAUGACUAUGCCUUAGAUACUCCAGGGUCAGCUUCCACUGCUGUGAGUUGGGGCACUCCUUGUGGAACAGAUAGAAGCCAGCUCUGUUCGGCACGAGGUGUGAAACAGAAUCAGUAUGAUUCCCUGGGGCAGGGUGAACCUGCAUCUAGGGGUCAGGGCAGUGGGAGGAGUACCCGCCCCAAGGAUGUUCCAGAACUUAAACUGGGUGGAGAUUUACAAGGAGGGUCAAAGGUCAAGACACCUAAACCUAAGACACCUAAAGAGCCGUCUGCAUGGGACAAGGUUCCCCUGCCAGAUGAAUUGCCUCCUCCCUCAGCCAAGCACCAACAGAUGUAUAAACAGUAUGAGAAUGAGAUGAAACACUCCUACAGAACUAAAGGCCAGGUGACAGAGGAGGAUAUUGACCGAGAGGUUGCUGUGAUGAAACAUGGCCGUCCAGUUACUUAUGGUGAUGUACGAAAUGAGGUUGAUCGAGAGGAUUUGGGUGAUAGUGCAGAUGAAGAUGAUGUCAUUGAUUAUCAGUGGGCGACUCAGAAAUCUUAUUCUACGAAACAACUCUUGAAGAAAAUGGAUGCAGAGGAGAUGCUUGAUUACAACAAAAAACAGAAAUUGAUUGAGACAGUCAUGAUAGAUCAGUUGUCAAGAGCUGUGAUAAGUGACCCAGAGCAGAACACAAGAAGUUCCAGCAGGAUGACUGACACCCGCCGAGCCCGAGGGUCUAACAGAUCACUACAUGACUCUAAAGUGAGAACGAAGAAUACAGCUACAGAAAAUCUUUUGUCAAAGAGGAUUCGUUUUGGUGCUAGGGUGGUAACCAGAAAUGGCCAUGAUGCAAUGAGAGAACUUACAGGGUUUUUCUUCAACUCGGACAACACAUUAACCAUAUACGAGUUCAGACAAUUUGGUAAAAGUGCCAAGGCCUUGCCAUUCAUUACUCGAGGUAAAUACUGCCACGUACACGGACCAAGGAAGGAUGAGCCGUAUACCCUAGCAGACAUUGCACAGGGGAUGACUCUCAUUAUACCGUCAGAAGGCCAACACUCCUUGCCAGACACACUGAAGAAACAGGACCUGAUUUACUUCACUCUGACAGAUGUGGAGGAGGAGGAAAAACAAAAUGUCCUUUUGAGUGAUGUACGACCAUCAGCAAGAAUGGAAACUUAUGCUAAACUUCAUAUACAGAACAAACAUGAAUACCAGGAUCGUGUCUUCUUGUCAAGUCUACAAGCUGAGGUGAGGAAAAAACUGAAAAAGAGAGGUGUGAGGACGAUGACUGGCCUGGGGCGUUAUUACCGAAAAGCAGACAAGAAGAGGACAGGGGUACUGUACAAAUAUGAACUGGAAGCUGGCAUUAUUAAGUUUCAUAUCGAUCUCACACCAGAUCAACUUGACAGUGUAUUUGAGAUUUUGGAUCCAGAAGAUCGAGGGGAACUGGACUAUACAGUGUAUGUCCAUGGUAUAAUUGGUACUAUGAAUGAGUACCGCAAGGCCCUCGUCAGGAAGGCAUUUAGAAAAAUUGAUGCAAGUAAAAGAGGAAGAAUUACACUUAAUGAGAUAAAGAAAUUCUUCAACUCAAGUUUCCGGCCACAUCUACACCCAGCAAUCUCAACUGAUUCAUCUGGAAGUGCACUUCAUGCAUUCAUUGACAGUGUCCAGGAGAGCCCAAGCCAGGAGGAGGUGACAUAUGAGGAGUUUGAGGAUUACUACGAAGGCCUUAGUAUAGCUGUGGAUAGUGACGAUGACUUCGCUAACAUCCUCCGCAACACAUGGAGUAUAUAAACAGUGUUCACCAUUAAUAGAUACUUGUUAUACAGUAGAUAUUUAUUAAGG